AUGUUCAGCGGAAUCACAGGGGCGUUCCGAAGCCUUGGUGAGAAGACUGCAUCCCUCUUCGAUCGCAAGAAGAAGGAUGCCGAGCAAAUUGCUUCGGAGAAGGCACAAGAAGCUGCCGAUGUCGUAGAAGAACAGGUCAAAAAGGCCGGGGAAGUUAUUGACGGGGCCGAAAAGACAGCCACUAAAGCUGCGGACGCAGCCUCUAAUGCAAAGAAUUCGACCAUCGACGCUCUAGACAAAGAGCUGUCAAAAGUGUCACUUGCAGCGGGCGAAGCAUGCGACACCGCUAACAAAGCUGUUGCUGAUGGCAAGAAAGUCAUCGACACUACUAAAGACACAGUCGCCAAAACGGUAGACAACACUAAGAAAAGCGCAGAGUCAGCAGUUAAUUCAGCCAAAGAUACAGUAGGGAGCACGUUUCAGAGCACUGUAGAUACCACACAAAAAGUUGCUCAAUCGGCUUUUGACACUAGUAAAACCUACGCCAAUUCUGCUAAAGAUACAGUAGCUAAUACAGUUAACAGUACUGUAGAAAGUACCAAAAAUGUUGCCAAAUCAGCCGUAGACACAACAAAAUCUUAUGUAGAUAGUGGAAAAGAUACCGCACAAGGCUCAUAUGAAACGGCGUCGGACGCUUAUAAAAAUGCUACGAGUUCAAUCUAUGAUAUGGGCAUGUCGUACUUUGAAUAUGCCAAAGAUACGGUAGCCAGCACAGUAGAUAAUACUAAGAAAACUGCACAAAAUACAUUAGAAACUGGAAAGUCUUACGUCGAUUCUGCUAAAGAUACAGUGUCAAGCACCAUUCAGAGUACAGUUGAUACAACCAAAAAUGUUGCACAAUCCGCUGUUGAUACUGGAAAAUCAUAUGUUAGUUCAGCAAAAGAUACGGUUGCAAGUACUGUAGAUACCACAAAAAAUGCUGCAGCAGCUGCUGUUGAGAAAGGCACCUCAGUUAUUGGCAGCGCUAAAGACACCGUAGUUAGCACUGUGCAAGCUACAGUAGACACGACUAAGAAUGUAGCUUCAGCGGCAGUAGAUAAAGGCACAUCACUAGUUGGUACUACAGUGGACAUGACUAAAAACGCAGCUGCCACCGCUGUUGACAACAGCACAACACUUAUUGGCAGUGCCAAAGAUACAGUUUCGAACACAAUUAAGAGCACUGUAGACACGACAAAAAAUGUCGCUGCUUCUACAAGUGAUAAAAGCGCAUCACUGUUUAAUUCAGCUACAGAUACGGUAGCUGAUACCUACGAUUCAACAAAAAGCGCAGCUGCAUCUGCUGUAGGCACAGGUGUAUCUUACGCUUCUAGUGCCAAAGACAGUAUCGCAAACACUUUUAGUAGCACAGUAGACGCCACAAAAAAUGUAGCAUCAUCAGCAGUCGAUACAAGUGCAUCUUUCGUAGGCAGCGCAAAAGAUACGGUAGCUCAGACUUAUGAUUCCACAAAGAACGCAGCUGCAUCUGCUGUAGACACAGGUGUAUCUAACGCCACUAGUGCCAAAGACAGUAUCGUAAACACUGUUAGUAGCACAGUAGACGCUACGAAAAAUGUAGCAUCAUCAGCAGUGGAUAAAGGUGCAUCCAUCGUAGGAAGUGCAAAAGAUACGAUAGCUCAGACUUAUGAUUCCACAAAGAAUGCAGCUGCAUCUGCUGUAGACACAGGUGUAUCUUACGCCACUAGUGCCAAAGACAGUAUCGUAAACAGUGUUAGUAGCACAGUAGACGCUACAAAAAAUGUAGCAUCGUCAGCAGUGGAUAAAGGUGCAUCUAUCGUAGGAAGUGCAAAAGAUACGGUAGCCCAGACUUAUGAUUCCACAAAGAAUGCAGCUGCAUCUGCUGUAGACACAGGUGUAUCUUACGCCACUAGUGCCAAAGACAGUAUCGUAAACACUGUUUGUAGCACAGUAGACGCUACAAAAAAUGUAGCAUCGUCAGCAGUGGAUAAAGGUGCCUCCAUUGUAGGAAGUGCAAAAGAUACGGUAGCCCAGACUUAUGAUUCCACAAAGAAUGCAGCUGCAUCUGCUGUAGACACAGGUGUAUCUUACGCCACUAGUGCCAAAGACAGUAUCGCAAACACUGUUAGUGGUACAGUAGACGCUACAAAAAAUGUAGCAUCAUCAGCAGUCGAUAAAGGUGCAUCUUUCGUAGGAAGUGCAAAAGAUACGGUAGCCCAGACUUAUGAUUCCACAAAGAAUGCAGCUGCAUCUGCUGUAGACACAGGUGUAUCUUACGCCACUAGUGCCAAAGACAGUAUCGCAAACACUGUUAGUAGUACAGUAGACGCCACAAAAAAUGUAGCAUCAUCAGCAGUCGAUACAGGUGCAUCUUUCGUAGGAAGUGCAAAAGAUACGGUAGCUCAGACUUAUGAUUCCACAAAGAACGCAGCUGCAUCUGCUGCAGACACAGGUCUAUCUUACGCUUCUAGUGCCAAAGACAGUUUCGCAAACACUGUUAGUAGCACAGUAGACGCCACAAAAAAUGUAGCAUCGUCAGCAGUGGAUAAAAGUGCAUCUUUCGUAGGAAGCGCAAAAGAUACGUUAGCGAGCACAGUAGAUACGACAAAAAAUGUAGCUUCGGGAGCUGUAGAUAAGAGUGUAUCAUUUUUAGGGUCAGCUAAAGAUACGCUAGCAAACACUGUACGAAGCUCUGUAGAUACGACUAAAAACGCUGCUGGUUUGGCAGUUGAUAAGAGUGUAUCUUUCGUUGGAAGCGCUAAAGAUACAGUAUCGAAUACUUUAUUUAAUGUAGCCGAAAUGGAAGCGGUAGAGGUGUCAGACAGCAUAGAUUGUGAAGAUACCAUCAAUACAACAGUGGAUGCGACUAAGAAAGCAGCUGAAGAUGCGAAGGCUCAAGCUGCGAAGGUUGCUGAAGACGCGAAGGAGAAGGCACGGCUAGCCGCAGAGGCCGCGCAGGAGGAGGCCAAGAGAGUCGCUAACGCCGCAGUUGAAGAGUCUAAGAAGGCAGCAGAGAAAGCAGCAUCAGAUGCGAGCAACGCCAUCAAUAGUGCCGUUGACAACACAUUCAAACGAGUAGGGGACGCUUCCGAUGAGGGUCUCAAGAACGCCGGACAUGUCAUUGACUCUAAGAUCAAGGACACCGAUAAAUACCUGAACGAAAAGCGAGAAAAUUUGAUCUCCGGUUUAUCGUCCGCGGCUCAUGAUGCCUCACAAGGGGCUACCGGCCUACUCAACAAGGGGCUCACCGCUUUCCCCAAGUAA